AGUCUAGUAGACUUUAGGAACCCACACAAUGAGACAACGUUGGGUAAUUCCGAACUUAAAUUAGUGGUAUCCUAGGUUGACUCUCAUGCUAUAAGAACCCACCACCACCACCACCACCACCAUCACAUAUAUUGCAUUCUUGCCAAUAACCAUUAAACAUGGCGGAGCCGCACCACCACCAGACGGAAACAACGGCGACGGACCCUGCCCCAGCCGACGCCAAUAUCAAGGAGAGGAAGGUCUCAUGGGCGAAGCUCCGCCGCGUCGACUCCCUCAACAUGGAGGCCGGAAAUCUUUCGUUCAAGCCCACCCAUCAUGCCUCCACCCAGGUUAGCUGGGGGAGGACGAUGAGCCUAGCGUUCCAAAGCAUCGGAAUAAUAUACGGAGACAUCGGAACGUCGCCGUUGUAUGUGUUCGACAGCAGCUUCGACGGCGAAAUCAAACACAAAGACGACAUCCUCGGCGUGCUCUCCCUCAUCAUUUACACCAUCAUUUUGGUCCCUAUGAUCAAAUACGUCUUCAUCGUUUUAUGGGCUAAUGACAAUGGCGAUGGAGGAACGUUUGCACUGUAUUCCCUGAUUUGCCGGUACGCAAAGGUGGGACUGAUUCCAAACGAUCAACCUGAGGAUAGGCAGCUGUCGAAUUAUCGACUGGAUACGCCGUCAAACCAGCUACGACGAGCUCAGAAGAUCAAACACACACUUGAGAGAAGCAUGGUUGCUAAGAUCAUCCUCUUCCUCGCAACAAUCCUCGGAACUGCCAUGGUCAUCGGUGAUGGUGUUCUCACCCCCUCCAUCUCAGUUCUUUCCGCUGUUGAAGGAAUCAAGGGGCUCGGACAAGAUGCCGUUGUCUACAUUUCUAUAGCCAUAUUGAUAAUCCUAUUCAUGGUGCAACGCUUCGGCACCGACAAAAUCGGCUACUCGUUUGCGCCGGCGGUUUGUACCUGGUUUAUGCUGAUAAGUGGGAUUGGUUUGUACAACUUGUUCAAACACGACAUCACCGUCUUGCGCGCUUUCAAUCCCAUAUACAUAAUCGAUUACUUCAAAAGGAACGGCAAAGAGGGGUGGGUCUCGCUUGGAGGAGUCGUUCUCUGCAUCACUGGUACCGAAGCCAUGUUUGCUGAUCUAGGCCACUUCAAUGUACCUGCUGUCCAAAUAAGCUUCUCCGGAGUUGUGUUUCCAUCUCUGCUGGCGGCCUACAUUGGACAAGCUGCAUUUCUUUCCAAGUUCCCGGAUCAUAUAGGCCACACAUUCUACGACUCCGUGCCAGAUCCGCUGUACUGGCCUACAUUCGUGGUGGCGAUUGGUGCGGCCAUCAUCGCGAGUCAGGCGAUGAUCUCCGGGGCGUUUGCGAUCAUCUCCCAGUCGCUGAGCCUGAGCUGCUUCCCGAGGGUGAAGGUGGUGCACACUUCUGCUAAGUACGAGGGGCAGGUGUACAUCCCCGAGGUCAACUACCUUCUCAUGCUCGCCUGCGUCCUCGUCACCUACGCCUUCAAAACCACCGAGAAGAUAGGCCACGCUUAUGGCAUUGCGGUGGUUGCUGUCAUGGUCAUAACCACCGUCAUGGUCACCCUCAUCAUGCUCAUGGUAUGGAAGACCAAAAUCUGGUGGAUUCUCUCCUUCUUCGUCGUCUUCAUGUCUGUGGAGAUGCUGUAUUUCUCGUCCGUGCUCUACAAGUUCACUCAGGGCGGUUACCUCCCAUUAGCCCUCUCUCUAGUGCUGAUGACGAUGAUGGGCGUGUGGCACUACGCGCAGCAGAAGCGGUACGUGUUCGAGCUCGGGAACAAGGUCUCGGCCGGGUACGUGGAGGAGCUGGUGAAGAGCAGUGACGUGGCGAGGCUCCCCGGCGUGGGGCUGCUCUACUCGGAGAUGGUGCAGGGGAUCCCGCCCAUGUUCCCUCACUUCAUCUCCAACAUCCCCUCCAUGCACUCCCUCGUCAUCUUCGUCUCCAUCAAGUCCAUCCCCAUCAGCAAGGUCGCCGUGGAGGAGCGCUUCCUCUUCCGCCAGGUCCAGCCCCGGAUAUUCCGCUGCGUCGUCAGGUACGGAUACAAGGAUCCCAUCGAGGAUUCGGCGGAGUUCGAGAGGCAGCUCAUGGAGAAUCUCAAGGAGUUUAUCAGGCACGAGCAUUUCAUGCACCAAGGAGCCGACGCCGAUCAACAAGCUCCGCUUAUUGCUGAAUCCGGUCCGAUUUUUAACAGAAAAUCGACGUCUUCGGCAGUCCACGUGGAGGAGGCGCUGCAUGCUCCGCCGCGUGUCUCGUCGGCGUCCAUCCAGUCGUUCGGCGCGGGUAGGUCGGCGAAUUCGUCGGACGGGGUGAGGGUGGCGGCUCCCAACGGGGCGGAGGAGGAGAUGCGGGCGGUGGAUGCAGCGAUGGAGCAAGGGGUGUUUUACAUGAUCGGAGAGGUGGAGGUGGUGGCGGCGCAGGAGUCGUCGCUGAUGAAGAAGUUUGUGAUAAACUAUGCGUACAGUUUUCUGAGGAAGAAUUUCAGGCAGGGAGAGAAGAUGCUGGCGAUACCGAGGAAUAGGCUGCUUAGGGUUGGAAUGACAUACGAAGUGUGACUUAAUUUCACAAAUAAUUGCACUCAAAAUUAACAAAUACUCAGCUCCUAUAUAUGUACACUUGUGGUUUUUCUGCGUGGAUAUAUAGUAGUAGUAUUUUGUAUUUGUAUGUUGCUAAAUUUUCUGCCUGGCUCUUUUUUUGUGGCAUGUAAGUGUUCAUGUGUGUAGAUUCAUCAUGUUGAAGAGAUGGGAGCAAGGCUUCAACUUCAAUAAAGUUACGUAACCCAGCUGUUAUAU